GCGAGCCCUGUUCGGAGCAGCUUCGGAGCAAAAGGAGUUUGGUGAGAAUUGGCGAUUUUGCAUGGUGCAAAGAUCCACAAUCGCGGGGCGCAGAUGUGAGCUGCUCGGAGGCCUCGGCUCAUUGGCCUGCCGUUUGCUUGCACCUCGUUUUCUCAUCGAAGGACGAGAAGAAGCCCUAUGUGGUGCAGCUUGUCCGGCCAACCAUCCCCGAGCAACAAACUGCUGUGCAGCGUGUAAGACAGCGAGAUGUGGUGCCGUGGGAGGACGCUGUGCUCAAUGCGAGCAUUGAGAGACUCUCCAAGGGGCGCAAGCGCAAGCGCGCCGUUGAUUUGGCGGGCGCUUUGCGACUGGCAGGAGCGGCUGGAGCCAAUCUCACGCCCGCCAUGACGUCUUUGAGCAUGAUGAGGAAGUCCAGCCCCAGAUGCGUGAAACCUUCGGACUCACUAGGCGCCAGAGGUGUCUGGUGGAUGUCACCACUUCGCCGUCGAUCUCCUGCGGGAUCACUGAAGCAAAGACCCAAGAGAAUGCCGGGCCUUGAUGCCUCUAAGCGUCGAAAGAGAGCCGCAUCAGCAAACCUCGAGAUUUUGCGACGCGAGCUUGAUGUAGCCAGCCGGUAUGAGAAAGAGUUGCAAGCAAGGCUGCAGGAGUUGAAGAAUGCCGCCUGA